CGGCCCAAGCAGCCCAUGGAAUUUCAUAACCUGAGCUCUCCCUCUCCCCUUCCUUCUCUCUCUCCCUCCUCACUCCCUCCCUUCCUUCCUCCCUCUCCCUCCUCCUCCUCUCCCUCUGCCUUCACCACUGCCUUGGGGUCACCUGGAGAGGCCUCGGCUCCCUGCCACCCGGCCUCCUCCAUGGUGUCUGCCCUCCUGGCGCCAGUCCUGAGCGUGGAAUUUGUCCUGGGCCUGGUGGGGAACAGCCUGGCCUUCUUCAUCUGCUGCUUCCACGCGUGGCCCUGGACGUCCAACACUGUGUUCCUGGUCAGCCUGGUGGUGGCCGACUUUCUCCUGAUCAUCAACCGGCCUCUUCGCCUAGACUACUACUUCCUCCACGAGACCUGGUGCUUCGGGGCCACUGCCUGCAAAGUCAACCCCUUCGUGAUUGCCACCAGCCACUCAGCCAGCAUGGUCUCCCUCGGCCUGAAGGUGGUGCGGCCUCACCACGUGCUGAGCAGGGCCUCCGUGUGGGCAGCUGCCCGGGUGGCCGGGGGACUCUGGGGGGGCAUCCUGCUCCUCAACGGGCACCUGCUCCCGACCACCAAUUCCAGCCACUCCUGCCUCCGUUACCAGCUGGGCACAAGCCCCUUGGCCUCACUCCGCCGGCACCAGGCCCUGCUCGUGUUGGAAUCCUUCCUGCCGCCGGUGCUCAACCUCUUUGCCAUCAUGAAGGUCAUGCUCACCAUCCGGCGCCGAGGCCUGGACGUGCAGGCGGGCCCGCGGAGGGCCGUGUGCACGCUGGCCGCGGUCGUGGCCAUCUACGCGGUCUGCUUCUUGCCCAGUAUCAUCUUCAGCAAAGCUUCCAUCGUGGCCUUCCGCCUGCAUGCCUGCCACACCCUGGACAUCUGCUCGCAGCUCUUCCAUGGCUCCCUGGCCUUCACCUACCUCAACAGUGCCCUGGACCCCAGGCUCUACUGCUUUCCCAACCCCAACUUCCUCUGCCAGGGCCGGGCCCUGCUGGGCCUCAUCCAGGGCUGGCAGGCCUCCGCCAGCGACGAGAGCACCUACCAGCCCUCUGCCUGGCGCCGGGUGCCCUCUGGGAAGGUGGUGACCGCAGGGAAGCUGUAG